AGCCGAACUCUCUUGUUCGCCGUAAAACUUAAAACUGCCGUGUGUGAUCGUGUCCUGUCGCAAAAUGCGGUGAAAACUCCUACACGACGUUCAUAAUGUGAUUAAGGUGUUUACAUGUCACUACUACACGUCCAUAAUGCGACUAAAACAGUAGUACUCCACCUGUCUUAAUUAGAUUAUUGCUUACUUCGAUUAUGACCUUAAUUAGAUUAAGGAUCCAAAUUUAAAACAUUAUGGCUUUGGACCGAAGACUGAAGUGGGUGAAGUUCCUGCUUUUAUUCUUCAACUUUGUCUUCUUUAUGUUUGGCCUGACUAUCAUGGUGAUUGGCGUUUGGCGUUUGAUGAGUCUGAACGAUGUACCUAAGGUUGUUCAGGCUGUUGGAGUAGCCAUUUUUCUCAUCGUGGUAGGUUUCAUCUUCCUCUUCAUCGCCUUGAUCGGCUGCUGUGGAGUAUGGAAACGGAACUUUUGCAUGGUCACUACGUUUGCCACCCUGCUCUUCUGUUUCGUGAUCAUGGACAUUGUGAUAGUCACUGGUGUGUAUAUCUUAACUAACAAGGUGCUGGAUAUAGUGGACGAUAAAAUGCAGAGUGAUAUCAACAGCUACAACACAUCUGAAGUGGCUAGGGAAUACGUUGAUGUACUUCAGGAAAUGGUGGGAUGCUGUGGACAAGUGAAUGCUUCUGACUGGGUGAACUUCCGGCCUGACGGUAUCUCCGUCCCUGACACUUGCUGCAGGAUAGUCACAGUGGACUGUGGAGCUGGAGCCAUGAACAACGAAUCCAUAAUCUACACAGAAGGUUGUGGGCCUUUUGUGGAGUAUAUGUACAAGAUGACGAAGCUCUGGUCUGGCAUAAUAGGUCUUGUCUUUGCUUUCAUAAAGAUCUUUGUUAUUGUGCUUGCCUGUACGCUGAUGUAUGGAAUCCACAAAGACUAUAAGAUUCAAGAGCCCUUGCUGAGAAGCGACCUUGCUUGUUUCCGCUGUUUUCAGAGACGUUCCCAGCCAGUAUCAGUAUCAGUAUCAGAAGAAGGUAGCCCUCAUCACAGGGUCAAGUGAAUGACUUUGAAAUUCUCCGAAUAUGAAAGGGAGAUGAUAUUAACCUUGUUCUUAUUUUUUGGAUUUUUAAAAGGGUAAAAAAAAUAAUAAUUCUGCCUACAUGGCGUGUCGUAGUUUUGACUUUUUUCCCCCUUGCUUUUAUGCGAACAACAUUUUUGUCCUUAUGAACAUUCACGUCCAGAAUACUGUUCAGGAGUUGCCAGGUCCUCCAGAAAACAAGCCAAAUUGCCAUUUAAAAUAUUCCAAGAUCAGUAAGACCAGUCCAGAUCCACAAAUAAAAAUGUGACCCUUCCAAAGCAUAACCAGAGGUAGUGUGAUAUUUAUGAAGUAGCAUUGUACAAUACGUUUUAAUGAAGCAAUAUUAAAACCACAGACUUCCUAAAUGUUAGAUAUACAAGACCAUUCUAGGACAUACAAUGGAAAUUAAAAUUCUACACACCCCUGUUAAAAUGGCAGGUUGUUGUGAUGUAUAAACAUGAAACCAAGAUAAAUCAUAUCAGAACAGAUAUUACAAUGUAUAAAUAUUAAGUGGAAAACAUUUAGAAACAUGUUUUGCAAAAAUAACAAAAAACGUACAAUAACCUAGUUGCGUAAGUGUGCACACCCCUAAACUAACACUUUGUUGAAGCUCAGUUUGAUUUUCUUUCAACACUUGGUCUUUUUGGCUAAGAGUCUAUCAUAUUUUCCCACUCUUACUUUCAACAACAUUUUAGAUCUGUCAAAUAGUGAGGACGUCUCCUGUGCACAGCCCGCUUCAGGUCAGCCCAUAGAUUUUGAGUUGGAUUCAGGUCUGGGCCUGGCUAUGUCAUCGACUAAAAUCUAAAAUCGACUGGUAUUUGUAGCUAUUCAUGGUUCCCUCCAACUUGAUUGAAAAAAAAAGUCAAUCACGAUCAAAAAAACAAUAGCGUUAAAGAAAAAACUUACUUCUUACUGCUUGCUUAUUAACACUGCUUCUAUCAGCUUACUCUUGUGCUAGAGUAUCUAACAUCGUGUGAAUUCAGGAAAUGUAACCAAAAAUCACCUGUUUCCUGUUCUUUAUAGUGUAUUUCUUAUGUAAAAACAUUCAUAAGUUAUGUGAACAUUUCCAAAAGCAUGCUUGCCUUACAGCAUUUCUCUGGAUGUUCCUGAGACUUCUGUGAAACGGUGCUUUAUUCGCAAAAGUUUUAUGCGAUAUUCCAGUUUUAUGCAUAAGUUAAAUUCGCAUCUUUGUAUGGAAACAUAGCUAUUGAUAUGCAUCCUGUUUUAUGCAAAUACGCCCUUCCACCUAGCCAAUCAAUAGUUAACCCAUUGUCUCUGUUGUGUGUCAAGCAUGAUAUGUACUCUGUUUUCCUUUGAAUAAAGGGAGAUCUUGCCAUUUGAA